UAGCGCCUCUCCCCCUGCAAAUCUUGAGCACACCACCACUCGUUUUCCUGUCCGGAACAGGAGAAAAGGGGAGCGAGGCGACUAGGCGAGGCGCGGUGUCCGCCCGAUCAGCUCCGUCCCGUCCCGACAGCAAAAUGGGUGCCGGUGGCAAGAUGACUGAGCAGGAGAGGGAGAAGCAGGAGCAGCAGCUCGCCCGCGGUGCUUCAACAAUGCAGCGCUCACCGGUGGAGAAGCCUCCGUUCACGGUGGGUCAGAUCAAGAAGGCCAUCCCUCCACACUGCUUCCAGCGCUCAGUGUUGAAGUCCUUCUCCUACGUGGUCCGUGACCUCGUCAUUGCCGCGGCGCUCCUGUACUUCGCGCUGGCCAUCAUACCGGCGCUCCCAAGCCCGCUGCACUACGCCGCCUGGCCGCUCUACUGGAUCGCCCAGGGGUGCGUGUGCUUCGCCAUGUGGGUCAUCGCGCACGAGUGCGGCCACCACGCCUUCUCCGACUACCAGCUCCUGGACGACAUCGUGGGCCUGGUGCUGCACUCCUCGCUGAUGGUGCCCUACUUCUCGUGGAAGUACAGCCACCGCCGCCACCACUCCAACACCGGCUCCCUGGAGCGCGACGAGGUGUUCGUGCCAAAGACGAAGGGGGCGCUGGCGUGGUACGCCCCGUACGUGUACAACAACCCCGUCGGGCGGCUGGUGCACAUCGUCGUGCAGCUCACCCUCGGGUGGCCGCUGUACCUGGCCACCAACGUGUCGGGACGCCCGUACCCGCGCUUCGCCUGCCACUACGACCCCUACGGCCCGAUCUACAACGACCGGGAGCGCGCGCAGAUCUUCGUCUCGGACGCCGGCGUCAUGGCCGUCUCGUUCGGGCUGUACAAGCUGGCGGCGACCUUGGGGUUCUGGUGGGUGGUGCGCGUCUACGCCGUGCCGCUGCUGAUCGUGAACGUGUGGCUGGUUCUCGUCACGUACCUGCACCACACCCACCCGGCGCUCCCCCACUACGACUCGAGGGAGUGGGACUGGCUGCGCGGCGCGCUGUCCACCGUGGACCGCGACUACGGCGUCUUCAACCGUUUUUUCCACAACAUCACCGACACACACGUCGUGCACCACCUCUUCUCCACGCUGCCGCACUUCCACGCCACGGAGGCUACCAAGGCGAUCAAGCCCAUCCUCGGCGAGUACUACCAGUUCGACCCCACUCCCAUCGCCAAGGCGACCUGGCGCGAAGCCAGGGAGUGCAUCUUUGUCGAGCCCGAGGAAGGCAGGGGCGUCUUCUGGUACAACAAGUUCUAGCUGCUUGAUGCGCGGAACUCAGGAUUGAGGUGAUCGUCCAUACUUUCACCGGAUUGGGAGAAGAAAUCAGGAAGAGAAGGCGGUAAAAAUGUUGUACCGAGUGUCCAUCCACCGAUACAUGGUUAUAGUCAUCACUCUUCAAUCUUUUUUUUUCAAAAGGCGGCAACAAACUUUUGCCGGAUUUUUAUUUGAUAAGGAAAACGAAAAUAAAUGGAUUUACAGUCUUACAAAAA